AUGGUUCGUGUCGGUGACAUGUUGGUGGUACGUUUGCUAAUUUCACUCAUUUUGGCCACGUCGUCCUUGGCGAUGAAACAAAUGAUCAUCAGGAAGGCGGAAAUGUGUGAAUUGGAGAAGAAUUACCAGACGAAAUUUUACGCCUCUGUCACCAACAAGGGGGGCUUCCAGCAUUUGACUGCCAACAUCACCAUAACUGAGCCCUGGGGCGAUAAUGUUGUUGCGAAUUUGGUGUUUUAUGUGUCGAGGGAUGACAAGAAAUUCGACAAGUUUUCAGAAGGGAAGUUUGGCAUGUGCUACUUCGUCAAGACCUUCUUAGGCCCAUUUGGGAAUGAGUUGUUCAGGAUUGCCAAAAUCCUUCCUGGUACUUGUCCAAUUCCAAAGGGUAACUACUAUAUUAAAGACUACAAAUUGGACUUCAGAACAAUAUUGGUGGCUGAAGUUUUGCCUAUCGGAACCUUUCGUGUCAUUGGUCACAACGUUGAAAAAUCAUCAGGGAGAACUUUGGUUUGCUAUAAUUUAGAAAUGGAAGUCAUAAAAUCAAAUUAG